CCAUACGAUAAUUUUCCGCGCCAAAAAAAGAAAAAAGGGUGCUGACGACUUUCGGGAGAGCCUGAGCCGCGAUCCCGCACUCUCUCUCUCCCUCUUGACCAAACAGAGCUUCAAACAGAGCAGUGGGCAGUGAUAGAGCAAUCGAAACAUGAAUCUCUACGGUUCAAUCGCCACGACGACCACCGUCACCCCCACCGAUUCCCGACUUCUCAGAAAUUUUGGGCAUAAACCUUCACGUCCUUCGUUGAUAGUUUACAAAUCCAUGGCCACCCGAAGGAGCUCUACAACCGGCGCCAGUCCGCUGCUUAGAAUCAAUUCUAAUUUUUCGGCACUGGAAGCCAGAGUUUCUCUCGUCUUCGCUCUUGCCACGCAAACCUUCUCUCUCUCCCAGCGACUUCUGAUGGAAUUGGCGAGCGAGACUGCCAAGUACGUGUUCCCUUCGAGGAGAUUCGAGAGUCGCACUUUAGAGGAGGCUUUGAUGUCAGUUCCGGAUAUUGAAACUCUGAAUUUUAAGGUUUUGAGCCGCAAUGAUCAGUAUGAGAUAAGGGAAGUUGAGUCGUACUUUAUUGCCGAGACGACAAUGCCCGGAAAAUCUGGAUUUGAUCUAAAUGGCGCUUCAAAAUCCUUCAACGUGCUGGCUGAGUACCUCUUUGGUAAGAAUACAAAGGAGGAGAAAAUGGAGAUGACCACUCCUGUUUUUACUAGUAAAAGUCAGUCUGAGGGGGAGAAAAUGGACAUGACGACUCCCGUGAUAACUAAAAAGGUGGCAGGUCAAGAUGAGUGGAAGAUGUCUUUUGUCAUGCCCUCAAAGUAUGGUUCAAAUUUGCCAUUGCCUAAGGAUCCUUCGGUGAGAAUAAAAGAGGUGCCAAAGAAAAUUGUUGCAGUUAUUGCCUUUUCUGGUUUCGUCUCUGAUGAAGAAGUUGAGCGUCGUGAAUCCACUCUUCGUGAGGCACUGAAGAAAGACACUGAGUAUCGUGUAAAGAAUGGUGCGUCAGCAGAAGUUGCUCAGUACAACCCCCCGUUCACACUACCAUUUACUCGACGCAAUGAGGUUGCUCUUGAAGUUGAAAGAAUACAAGAAUAAAUCCUUACCGUACAGCACUCAAGACCUCACAUACCUUCUUAUUUAGUUAAAAAAAAAUUCGGUAGCACUACUAGUCUGUGCUCUAGUCAGGUUAGAUGAGACCAUAUGUGUCUUAAGUUGUGUAUUCACGAUAGUAUUUUGUAGCAUUUAAUCCCCAUAGAAGGCCCCCCCCCCCCCCCCCCUCUCUCUCGCUCGCUUCCUAAUGACGUGGUGAUGCGUGUGUUAAUAUUACAAGUAACAUAGUAGAAUAGAAGUUGCCCCUGUUACUUCGGGCAAAAUUGCAGACUUAAACAAAAGAAUUAGAAAAUUUUCACAUGCCACUAUUUUGCUUAUUCCGUUCAUAGGCAGAACCCGGCUGCCGGCAGAAGCAGUAUCGGACGGUUCUGCAAGUCUUUUAAACUUUUUAUUCUAGUCAAAUUGGUUAUUUCCGAUGGAUGAGCAAUGAAGUCACUGGAGUUCCUCUUGGUUAA